CGACCACUAUAAAUACCUCUUGUUCAUGCCAAUCUUCAUCACCUCCACCUUUACUCACCUUUCAUUCUACCCCCGUCGCAUUCUUGGCCUUCAUCUCGCCGCCAUAUCACACUCAAUCGCCGUACCUACAACCCUACCCUUUGCUCAUACCCAACUGCGUUCACUGCAAUAUUCGCGCUUAUUAUUCGCCCAACACAAACGCUCGACUAUCAAACGAACCAAAGAUACCAUGGCUGAUGCCAAAUCUUCAAAGACUGCACGACGACUAAGCAAGUCCGAGGAGGCGUUGAAUUCCGCACCACCAGCAAAGAAAGCUAUGUUCUCCAUUUUCGAAAAGAAAUCUGGCGUGGAAUGUGCGCCUGCAGAUAUCCAUUGGACGACACAUGGAACGAGUUUUAUCGUGGGCGAAGCAUUCGCCCCCAAGUCUGGGCGAAAGGUUGCAGCGUUCGAUCUGGAUCAAACUCUUAUCAAGGUCAAUGGCAGACAUAAAUGGCCGAAGAACGCAGACGACUGGGUCUGGUGGGCUCCUGGUGUCCCUGACCACUUGAAGCAAGUUGCGGAUUCAGGGCACACAAUUGUGGUCAUCACAAACCAGGCCGGUCUUGACGGGAACAAGAGAAAACAGGAUGAGAUGCGCUUGAAAUUCGAAAAGAUCUGUGCUCAGCUGCGCUUGCCCAUAUGGAUCCUGAUUAGCAUGCAAAAAGAUCACAACAGGAAGCCAAUGACAGGUCUUUGGCAUUGGCUUGAAGCAAGGUUCUUGGAAGACAACGUUGAAAUCGAUCGCGCGGAGAGUUACUACGUCGGAGAUGCAGCUGGGCGACACGAUGGAUGGAAGGUUGGCGCCGUCAAGGACUUCAAUAACACCGAUCGCAAGUUUGCAGGCAGUCUGAAUAUACAAUUUCAAACUCCCGAGCAUUUCUUUCUGAACCAAGUCUGUCCCGACGAAAUGUGGUCCUUCGGUUCCUUUGAUCCCAAGACCUGGCCCAAGGAUGCGCCCUUAUUUUCGCCUUCGUCUACGCCAUUGUUGCCGACUCCUGGCGCCUGUGAGGUGAUCGUCUUUUGUGGAUAUCCAGCAUCAGGCAAGAGCUCUUUUGCGCAGAAACACAUCAUUUCGACCGGACAGUACGACUAUGUUAAUCAGGAUAUACUCAAGACUAAGGAAAAGUGCCUGAAAACGGUCGAGGAGAGUCUGCGGAACAAAAGAGCAGUAGUCGUGGACAAUACCAACCCUGACGCACCCACCAGGGCGCCUUAUAUUGCACUGGCUAAGAAGUACAAUGUCCCUGUAAGAUGCUUCCUAUUUGUGGCAAACAAGGAUCUGGCGACGCACAAUAAUUAUUUUAGAGCGUUCCAUCGCGCUCUGGUCGAGGCUGCUGAGAGAGCAAACCCCAAAGCAAUAAAAACAAUGGUAGAGGUAGCCGGCGCCUCGACCUCGACCACCACAGCAUCCUCAAAGGACGGAUCAGCGUCCACCUUGAUUUCGACCUCGACCUCGACCUCGACCUCGAUCUCAGCCAACACCUCCUUGGCGACAAAAGUGCGUGAUGAACCUGCUCGGGAGCGCCUUUCUGAAAUGGUAUUUGCGAUGUAUGCAAAGAAAUAUCAGGAGCCGACCCUUCAAGAGGGGUUCAGUGAGAUCAAGAAGAUCAACUUUGUGCCGGACGAGGAUAUCCUUGGCACUUGGCAGCGGUGGUACUUUUAACGAGUAUUGGUGCCCAAAAUAAAGUUUCCAGUGUCCUCGUUGACCAAUGAAAUACUUGAAC